ACCGCUUCUGGCUGUAAGAAGCUACCCAAAGAAUUUUCUUCCCCCCUCAACAGCCAAUCAAGCCCCACAUUUUUGGCCAAAAAGUCUGCCUUCUGUCCUCCAUCAUCUGAUCCUCAUCUUUCCAAAGCUCACAAUUCUCUUGCCAAAGUGCCAACCGUUUGCCACACUUUGAUCGGCUAGCUAGCCAUCUUGGGUCUGUUUCUAGCUAUUCCAAACCUCUAGUUCGACCAUGUCUACUCGCCGACUUUUGACCAAGCAACCGUCCCCCUCGAACGUCAACAAGGCACCCAGCCCGAACAAGAAAAGGUCCUCUUUGUUGGAUUCCAAAGAUACUGGGAAGAAGACCUUGGAUAGCUCCUUGUCGGAUCGACGUUCGUGCCUGUCCCGAGAGUUCUCGACGUUGACCCUUGGAGCUCGCUUGGAAAACACCUUUUCUCCUGAAGAUGAUACUCUCCAGAAGAAGCAUCUCUAUGUGGUCUGCUUGACCCUCUUUUGCUGCUUUGCCAUUGUCAACUUUGUUGGUUUUGUUAUGGUAUACUACGUCAUUGAAUCGCCCAGUCAAGCGCAGACCACUCCGGCUGGGCAAGCAGUGUCAUUUCUUGGUCAAUGGCACAAGGAGCAAACCAUGCUAUUGGGUAGGGAUGAGCACUUUUUGGGAAUGGGGGAACCCAACACUGUGGCCUCUACCGCUUGCGUUGCGCAGCUCCAAGAGGAAAUCCAAUUGCAUGCGACUGUGACUUCUCCGGAGAUGAUUGAAGGUAUCCUGAACAAGAUGGGACUUGCUCACCGACCCAUCAUUCGGGAUCAACUCCAAGACUUGCGCACCAAUCCCCGCUCCAUGGCUACUGCCAUGGAACCGAUCAUGGGUUGCCUCCAGUCCUCCAAGACGCUACCUCAGUUGGUCUGUCUGUUGCGAGAUAAUAGCGCGAGCAAAGUGGACCCCAGCAGCCUGGAAGAAACGGUCCAUGUGGCAUUGGUCUUUCAAGCGCUCAUCAACCUCAUGACCAGUGACUUGGCCGCUCUUCACGAUGUUGUGGAAGUCAUGUCCACUACGCAACGGGUCAAGCAAGAAACUGUCUUCCAGCAAAGCUUGGCUCCAGAUCAAGGGAUGAUGAUGAUGAAGGAGUAUCAGGACGCCAACCAAAUGCUCCAUGCAGUUGCCAUGGCAUUGUCAGAAAACAAGCAGCUUCCGCUCAAGUCAGGCCUUCAACUAAACAUUCUUCAAGCCAUCCACAAGGACCUUGCACUUGCUGGAAGCAACCAGAAUGCACAAGUUGGACUUGCCCUUGCUUCAUCAGUUCACUUUGAACCGACCAUCCAAGACCACAAGCUUCAAUGGCCCCUGGGCAAGGACUGGGCUGAUGCCUACAUGGGCUGGCAAACAAGCCUACAGAUCGGCGGACGACAGCAACCUGCCCUUCCCUCCCUCCUCAUUCCUCUGGCUGUCUGUCCCUCCCUCGAGUCCGCGCACGCUGAAGAUUUUGUUGCAUCUCAGUUCAUCUUGCGAGCCCUCUCCCAGAUGAUCGUCACGGUUAAUACAGAGACCUCGACAGCUGCAAAUCCUGUAACAAGCUCCUACCAUCACGUGCUCGCACAUCGAAUGGCCAGCAGCAACUUUGAAAGUGUCAGACUGUCCACUCCCAGCAGCGAGAGCAUCACAGUCAUGCUCAGUGAACUGUGUGCUGGCAGUGAGUGUCUUCAACAACAAGGAGCACAGGAUGAUAGCGCGUGGGUGACGACCGACACGAUCUUCACGGCCAACUUGGACGACCUACAAUUUCAGGUGUACCUAGGCUUCUGCCUUUGGAUCACAGUUCUCUUUGCAGGUCUUGGUCUGGAACUGCUAACCUGGGUCAGCUUCCUGCAAGGUGGAUGGACCGACGAGAGACAGUCCCAGUGGAAGUUUGCACAGUUCGCCUUCCCUCUCCUCCUCGCAACGACACUGGGACUUGCCAUCCACCACAACUAUUUGGCACUGAUUUGUCUGGUGCCGGGUCUUUGGAAAUUUGGCUUCCCCGAGACACUUGUGUACAUGCACACGGCACUCUACGGCAAGUACCUCAAUGAAGAAGAAGGCCGCCCAGCUUGGAUUCAGCGAAUCGCAGAGUUUCUUAAUGCUGUUGGAACUGUUGUCCACCACGGAGCCGCAGCGUUGGUCAUUUGCAUGUUUUUGGCGGGGGUCGUCCCUCCCACUCGCCACGUUCUUGCUCCCUGUCUCAUUCCUGUCAUGCAACAUUGGUUUGUGCUCCUUCGGUAUUCCAACCCCAACAUCUACACAAUCGUCGAGAUGGCACUGGAAGUGUACUUUGAGUGGACCGUUCUCAGCGAAUUUGAAUACCUUCAUGCAAUGCAUUGGGCGGUGCCAAUGGCCGCCUCUACCAUGUUGUUUGCUCACUGGCUGUACUUGUUGGCUGCCUUCAUCGAAAUGGUUAAACCACCCGUGGACGAAGAGGUGGUCGAGAACCGACGCCGAUUGAGCAUGCAAAAGACUCAGGAGCUCUUAUUGGACUCCUCCUCUCUGCAUUCCACCGAGCAUCGUCCCUUUGGCUCCAUUCAUGUGGAUACCGAACAAAAUAACUUUCUCUCCAUGCGUUCCCUGCGACUGAAUGACAUUUCUGAAGGCGGAUACAGCAGCGAGAGCAGUACGGACUCUUUCUGUUUCGAGAAGCCUUCGUCGAAGCCUUCGUCGUCUGGUGACCCGACAGAAGAUCCCACAGAAGAUCCCACAGACCGUGGUGGCGAUGUUUGCAUUGACUUUCGUCAAAUGGACCUUGUCGAUCUUGGCAAACUUGAGGAGAGCGAAGGUGAUCUUUCCUUUGUGAUCACUGGAAUGCAAGCUAAAGGGGAGUCCGUCAAACCAGUGGUGGACAAAGGAAAGCAACUCGACGGCUCAAGAUCUUUUGACGUAUAAUUUUUCUCACAAAAGUUUAGUACAUAACAUGCAUACUCUAGAUGUUUAGUUGUUGAAUG